AUGAAGAGUGUCAGCCUCUUAUUCGUCUGUAUAUUUGCCGUCUCGGCGCAGCAGAUCUACCUGCCCGCCGAUGGACCUGUCCGGCGACCUGAUACAUGCUUAUCAGACGCCUACUACGCCACGGCCAGCCCAGUCUACUCGUUCACGCAGUUCUCCUUUACCCAGACUGAGACUGUGCGCACGGCUACGGCUGUAACUCCAGGCCCGACCAAGACCUUCGCUCCGCCUUAUGAGUCGCUAAGUUACCUUCUCCCGGGUCUGUCGACUACUACUUGGGGCAACUGGUACCCAGACGCCACCGCAACCCCGGCGGAUAUUGCCGAUCCAUAUGGGCAAGCCGCCUGGUCGGCUCUGUGGGAGCGAGCCUCCUUGCCCAACUUUACCAGCCGGGGGUUGUAUUCGACCACCGUCUCCCCGACUCCGGUGCCCACAAGCGAGCUUGUGCUCCCACCUCCGAGGUACUUUCAGCCGCAGGACUGCUAUUAUUUCCCCAAGGACUUUGAGUUUGGCGUUGCCGGUUCAGCUGCUCAGAUAGAGGGCGCCAUAGCCGACGAGGGCCGGGCACCUGCCAUCCUGGAUCUGGCCUCAGCCAACCCACUUCGCCCAGGCCUGCCUAAUUACGUGACGAAUGAGAACUACUACCUCUACAAGCAGGACAUCGUGCGCCUGGCCGCCAUGGGAGUCAAGUACUACUCCUUCUCUAUCCCCUGGUCGAGAAUCCUGCCGUUUGCGCUCGAGGGUACACCCGUCAAUAAGCAAGGGCUGGACCACUACGACGACCUCAUCAACUUUGUUAUUUCCAAAGGCAUGGAGCCUCACAUCACCCUCAUCCACUUUGACACGCCGUUACAGUUUUACAAGGACCCCCGCAACCCCGAUCAGUCCCGGCUUGGGUACAACAAUGGCGCCUACAGCAACGAGACCUUUCAGGACGCUUUUGUGCACUACGGCAAGGUGGUCAUGACGCACUUUGCCGACCGCGUGCCGGUGUGGUUCACCUACAACGAGCCGCUUCUGUGGAGCGAAAACGCCAAGGCCAUCGACACCGUCAUCAAGUCCCACGCCCGCCUGUACCAUUUUUACCACGACGAGAUAAAGGGCAGCGGGAAAGUUUCUCUCAAGUUCAACGACAACUUUGGCGUGCCGCGCGACCCCGGGAAACCCGAGGAUGUGACUGCCGCCAACCAUUUCAACGAUUUUCAGGUCGCCACGUUUGCAAACCCCAUUUUCCUGGGCAAGGACUAUCCCGAGGCCUUCAAGAUGACGUUCCCAGACUAUGUGCGGCUGAGUGAGGCGGACCUGGCGUACCUCAACGGGACGGCCGACUUUCUAGGCGUCGACCCGUACACGGCCACGGUGAUCGCGGCGCCGCCCCAAGGCAUCCAGGCCUGCGCGGCCAACCAGUCCGACCCUCUGUUCCCAUACUGCGUGCAGCAGAGCAGCACGACGACGAACGGCUGGGACAUCGGGUACAGGUCGCACUCGUACGUCUACAUGACGCCCAAGUACCUCCGGACCUACCUCAACUACCUGUGGAACUCGUUCCGGCACCCCAUCGUCAUCACCGAGUUUGGGUUCCCCGUGGCCAACGAGGGGCUGGCGACGCAGGCGGCGCAGCAGUUCGACGACCCCCGGAGCGACUACUACCUCAGCUUCCUGACGGAAGCGCUCAAGGCCAUAUGGGAGGACGGUGUGCACGUGGCCGGGGCUUUUGCCUGGAGCUUUGUCGACAACUGGGAGUUUGGGGACUACGAGCAGCACUUUGGGCUUCAGACCGUCAACCGGACCACCAUGGAGCGGCGGUACAAAAAGAGCUUUUUUGACCUGGUGGACUUUGUAGCUGCCAGGACGCAGAAGUAG